GGUCCGAGAAAGUUCACAUCCCGGAAGCAGUCACCCUCGAUUGUAAUAAAUUCCACUGGAAUUAUUAGAACAAUAUUCCGCUCCCUGGUCUGUUGCAAAACGGUUGCUUCGCUUGUUUGUUCAUAUGGGGCCAAAUCCAUCGCCAUGUCCGCAUUAACCGGACGAGUUUUAUUUGGAAGCCGGCUAUGUCGCCCUGCCUUCGUUUCCUCCCGUUGCUUUUGCUGCCGUUGCUUGGAGCUCAAGGUAAGGAUCUGGAAGGGAGAAAAAUUCUCAACUGAACGGCCCGGUGGGAAUUAUCGUCUCAUCCCAGUUGCCACGGUGAAAAGGAAAGAAGCGAUUGGGACCAUUGGUUCAUCGGUUUUUCUGGAUCCUGAACACCAAGGUGAUCUCAAGAGGAGUGAAAUUUUAUGGACCUUCACUGUCAUCAACAAACGCCCUGUUACUAUUGUGGAUUACGUUCCAAAUAAACCUGUGGAGGAACCAAAUGAACAAUUCAGAUCCCGUAUACGGUUUAAGCCUUCUAAUGGCUGUCUGCUGAUACACAGCCUGAAACCCGAGGAUCAAGGCAUUUUUAGCUUUGUUGUAGAUGAGAGAAAGACAAGUAUAAUAGAAUUGUUUCUCUACUAUAAGCUGUCAGAAAUUGUGAUAAGGAGCAACAGAGCCCCCGGUUACAUCAUCCAACUCACCUGUGACGUUGCUGGAAACCCUCAUAAAUAUGAAUGGCAGAAAAAUGGAGGGGAAGUCUCCGAGGAUCACUGGCUCAUUUAUGGGAACAGAAGCCUUGUCAUCCCGACAAAUGAAUGUGGAACGUACACCUGUAUCGCUACCAAUCCUGUCAGCUCUGACCAGGCAAAUUACACUGUAACUCUCCCUGGUAUUUCUGGGGCGGACUCUAUAAUUAUUAUCGCAUCGAUCACAGGACUGGUAUCUUCUUUGGUACCUCUCAGUGGAUUCUUGCUUCUAUCGUGGUUGGAGAAGAAAUCAAAGCAAGCGUCUCAGAGCCUCAUUAUCUGUAGCAUUCUGUCUUUUGUUGCUACCUUCAUCACCCUCAUAUCCCGGAUUGCGAUUAAAGAUGCUGCCUUUGUACCUGCUGUUGCUUUAGGCACUGUCUCUGCCCUGCUUUUGGUCAUAAUUGCACCAAUUGUUAUUCCGAAGUUAGGCUGCUCAUUUAAAGGGAAAUUCCAAGGAAAGAAAGGAUCUCAACCUUUUGUUGUCUUGAGUGGCUUCAUUAUAAUCCCCAUUACAAUCGUUAUCUUAAAGGAAGAGGUUCAGCAAAACAAUCAAAGUUGUCACACCAGUAUUUUAACGUGGAGCAUACCUAUUGCAUUAUUGGCCAGCUGUGUUAUUAUAGUCUCUGUGUUCCUUGCAACAUAUCGCUACAGAAAUGAAGAUAGAAGCAUUGAAGUAAAACAGCAGGAUAAUGAAGACUUAUAAGAUUUCAGUAUUGUUGACGUGGAGC